AUGCGUGAUACUCCGAGCGGCAGCGCGGCACCAGCCGUCGCCGAGAAUGGCGCGAGUGCAAGUGAUGAACGAACUCCCUUGCUCAAGCCGACAAGCCAAGGCCAGGACCAAGAUGCUGAACCGGCCAGUGAGACUCGAGGGGAGGAGCAGGCUCAAGGUAUUCCGGCCGGACAGGAAGAAGAGACCACUGUGGUUGCUGAGGAGGUGUCGACUGCCAGACUUGCCCUCAUCUUUGGUACGGCAUGGAUAGGUGUCUUCUUGGGCGCUGUCGACUCUACUAUUAUUGCAACUCUAUCAGGACCAAUCUCGAGCGAGUUUCAGUCCCUAAGUCUGCUUUCAUGGCUUGCAACUGCCUAUCUCAUCUCCAAUGCUGCAUGCCAGCCUAUCUCGGGUCGGCUGACAGAUAUCUUUGGCCGAGGUCCAGGUCUCGUCUUCAGCAACUUAUUCUUCGCUGCUGGUAAUCUUAUCUGCGGCCUGGCUCGUGACCAGACAACCAUGAUUAUUGGACGUGUUGUUGCGGGCAUUGGAGGCGGCGGGUUGAUGAGCAUCUCCACGUUCCUUGGCUCAGACCUGGUACCACUCCGCAAGAGAGGUAUCAUUCAGGGAUUGGGAAAUAUCUGCUAUGGCUCCGGGGCCAUGCUUGGUGGUGUCUUUGGCGGCCUGAUUAACGACCACACUUCUCAAGGUUGGAGACUUGCCUUCUUGAUACAGGUCCCUCCAGUACUUGUCUCUGCUGUGGCUGUCCAUUUCUUAGUGAGGAUACCGCCUAAGCAGUCGGAUAGGUCAUUCCUUGCACGCAUUGACUUUAUGGGAGCCUUCUUGACAUCGGCAUUCUUGAUAUUCCUGCUCCUAGGACUCAACUCCGGCGGCAACCUUGUCCCGUGGACACAUCCUCUCCCGCUGACCACAAUCCCUCUGGCAGUAAUCACAUUUGGCUUGUUUUUGUAUUGGGAGAGUAAGGCGCGUCAGCCAAUCAUUCCUGUGAAGCUUCUCCUCGAUCGAACUGUCCUGAACGCCUGUUUAUGCAAUCUUGCUUGCACCAUGACAGUCAUGGGUGCCCUCUUCUAUGUCCCGCUAUACCUGCAAGUUCUUGGGAGCAGCGCCACGCAGUCCGGUAUCCAGAUCCUGCCAUCCCCAGUCGGAAUCUCGAUCGGAUCUCUACUUGCUGGCUUCAUCAUGAAGAAGACUGGAAAGUAUACCAAAUUGGGUGUUGCGGGCCUGCUUGUCCUCAUUGCAGGAGUAGUGGUUCUCACAGCCCAGAAUGAGCAUAGUCCUAAGUGGCUCAUGGGUGUUUCUUUCUUCUUGAUUGGUUCUGGAUACGGAUGUACACUCACGACGACGUUACUGGCAUGCAUUGCUGCUGUGGACCACUCUCAACAAGCUGUCAUCACAUCUGCAACCUAUCUGGCCCGCAGUCUUGGUAGUACUGUUGGAGUUACCAUUGGCUCAGCCGUGUAUCAAAACAUUCUCAAAGCCAGACUUUGGGAGAGGUUUGGCGAUGAGCCCGGUGCCGCAGAAGAGAUCCGUCGCAUCCGAGACGAUCUUGAUGAAGUCCGUCAUCUCCCCGACGGAUGGUAUGAUGGAGUUAUAAGCUCGUUCGUGGAGGCCUUCAGGGGUGUUUGGCUCACACUGCUGGCGUUUGCUAUCCUGGCACUGAUUUGUAUUUCGCUUAUGAAGCAGCAUACAUUGCAUUCUACCAUCGAAAGACGGUAA